CUGUACACACGUAGUGUGUGCACUGUACACGCACACCUGAGCAUGCACUGGUUUCCUGCGUUCUCCCACCUUGUGGCAUAUGCUGCAGGCGCAGUGACACUGCCGCUGCUCAUUCUUGUGCUUCUGCUUGUUGGCCGAGCGCCGCCAUCAGUACCGCGGCAGCUACCACAGCAGCGGACCCGUGAUCCACCAGCCAAGACAGGGUGGUUGAGGGUCUGCCGUGGGCAUCCAAGGCGGCGUGCAGUCUUGUUCUAUGCAGUGCUACGUGACAAUACACUGCAUUUAUAUGACCGUGAGCACCGGACGGAUCUACGGCACCGUAUAGUACUUGUACCGAGCACAGUUGGCUUGUGGCCGCCGGGAGCACAUGAUGGAGAGCUAUUUGCACGGGCACACGCAAUUCAUAUUGCAGAACAGGCGUCAGCAGUGUCUACAGAGAGCACAGCACGGCAACAGUACUUUUUGUUCAGUGGAAAUCCAUCGGAUCAAGAAGACUGGUAUUUUGCACUGGCAGCAGCAAGUGGGCGGCAGCCAUUGCAGUUUGAGGCAGCAGACAUGUCGGCAUUGCUGCAGGCAAUCCAUGGGAGUGAUGCACAAGUCGAAAUGAGAUGGUUGAAUGGGUUAAUUGGGCGGUUAUUCCUAGGACUCUAUCAAACACAAAUGGCAGAGGAAUUUAUUAUGGAACGGAUCAGAAAGAAGAUUGCACGGAUUAAAAAGCCGGGAUUUUUAUCAGAUAUAGUGGUACGACGGGUAGAGAUAGGAAACAGCAUUCCCUAUGUGACAAAUCCGCGGCUGCGAGAGCUGUCGAUGGAUGGACAGCUUAAUAUGGACGUAAAGAUCACAUACAAGGGACAGAUGCGUGUAGAAAUAGGGACAAGUGUGACACUGAACCUGGGAGGGCGUUUACGUGGGCGGAAGAUGGAGGUGGUGGUGGCGGUGGUGGUAAAACGGUUUGAGGGGACCAUAGGGGUAAUUAUGAAGCCGCCGCCAAGCAAUCGGGUGUGGUAUGGGUUUUAUGAGAUGCCGACGAUUGACAUGACGAUUGAACCGGUGGUGUUUUCGAAGCAAAUUACGUAUUCCAUGAUUUUGAAGGUGUUGGAGAACCGGAUUCGAGAGACGAUUCAGAAUACACUUGUUUUUCCGCACAUGGAGGAUUUUUACAUCUGUAGCACGAAAAACCAAAUGUACAGAGGGGGGAUUUGGGAGGAAUCAAGAGCAGGAAGAGAGGAGCGGAGAGAAGAAGGGGAAGAGGAAGUGGAGAAAGGCGUAGAGAGGGAGGGAAUAGAGGAAGGAAGGAAGGAAGGGCAAGGAGAAGAGAAAGAGGGGGAAAAGGGAGAAAAGAAGGAAACAGAGGGAGAAGGAGUGCCAUUAGGAGGACCAGGGGGGUUAGGAGGGAAGCAACAGAGGCAGGCAGUGCUGUUGACCACACUGAGGACGGGAGAAAACAAAAAAAGUGGAUUGAAGAGGUCGUCAUCAUACAAUACGAUUGCAUCGGGGAGUGGAGGAGGAAUAGAGGGAGGAGAGGGGAGAGAAAGGCGAGGAGAGGGAGAGGAGAAAUUGGGAAAGUCAUUUGUGACGGCGGCAGCGAUGAGUGCAUUUGGAAAGUCGAGUGUUUUGCCGAAAACACUGAACAAGAUCUCGCAAUCGAAGAUUUUCAAGUCGGAGGAGAUGCAGAAAGGAGAGCAAGAAGGGGAAAACGAGGUGGGAAGAAAAAAAGUGUUUUGGAAGCAAAAGACUGACAAUUGGAAGAGUAUUGGGAUGAUUGGGAGUGGAGGAUCAUCAAUAUCGGGAAGUUCAUUGAAGUCGACGUUUGCGACGAAGAAAGAGCGACUAAGUGCAGCAUUUGUGACGAUGCGGGAAGGAUCUACGUUAUUUGAGGGUCGGCGGAAGCAAGAAGUAGGGGAAAAGAAUACUCUGUCUCUGAGUGUUAGUUCGGCAACAAAUGCAGUGCGACGAUGGGGGGCGAAUUAUAUAACGAAAAGACAUUCACAUGCAUCGCUUGAUUCGGAGGUAUUGAGUGAAUACACAGGAAGAUCGUCGUCGGUGAGUUUUGAAAGGGAUAAAAAAGAGUCAUUGGCACAAGAAGUCUUGGAAGACAGGCUUCCUGAGUAUUCAGAGGUUGCAGGAGAGUCAAUGGAGCCAAUAGGUGUUUCGAAACAAGAAAUAGGAGACGAGGUGCCACGACUCGAGCAUUCGGCAUCUGAACCGAUUUCUUCUAUGAAGCGGGAAGAGAAUAAGCAACAUGGUGUGAAAGAAACUAUGAGUUAUAAUACGAUAUCGUUUAAACAAAGGCCAGUGCCUUUGCCGCCUGUUAAGCAGAAGGCAAAACAGCCGGUUCUCCCAGCAAGACAGAGUGUUAGGGCUGAACAGAAUUCUCAAUCCUCUGAAGUGUCUUCAGGGAUAACAUUAGGUUUGGCUUCGGAUUUGGCUUUAGAUUUAACAUCAGAUUCAAUGGAUGCUUCUAAUCAAGCAAAUAUACAAAAGAUUUUGAAAAAACGGUAUGAAACGGAAUCUAGAUUCAAAAAACAUCAAUUUGAUUCAAAUGGUACGGCUAAACCGGAAGCUAAACUUGAAGAGGAUGCUAUACUGGAUGAUUCUUUUGGGCUAGACGACAAUAUUGAUCUAGAUGAUCAUUUUGAGUUGGAUGAAUCUGAUUUAAAAGAUGGUUUUGGGUUGUGUGAUGACAUUGAAUUAGAAGAGACGGUUGGGUCUGAUCCAACUGAUCUUGAACAUGCUUUUAAUCCUGAGGACAUUGAUCCGGAAGAGGAUAUGUCUUGUGCUUCAAUACAUGAGCAAGAGAAUCCUUCUAGAUCAGCAACAUGCUAG